AUGAAGCAUCUCUUUUUAUCGGUGAUACUCCCAUGCGUCCUGGGGGAGAUAUGUCUCAGAUUCUUACGGGACAACCAGGAAAGCAAAAUCAUCUCGAGCAAACCGGGACACGUUUGGCUUUGGAACGCGAUGACGGAGAAAUUCGAGCAGCUCGAGGCAUUAAAGUGGAACAACACUGCCUUCUGUAGCGUCAACGCUAUAAACGACAUACGCGGAAAGACCCUCUUCGUCGCCACGGAUUUCAGGAAUCCAUAUAUCAUCAUGAAUGUGGAUGAGAACGAAGUAACGGGAUUAAUAGGUGAUACCUGGAUGGCGUUGGAAGAAGCUUUGAAGUUCAAGACGAUUUACCGAAGUACGAGACCAUCGUUGGCGACCCUAAUGAAUGGAGAUACUCACGCACUGUUGGUCGCCACGGCGAUGUACUCGUACCCGACGAGUUAUUACACCUACAGCGUGCCGCUCACGACCAACUCAUACGCUCUAUUUGUUCAGUCGGAGGGUGCGAUUGUCACGAGAUGGUGGUACAUUAAUAUCUUCAGCCAUGGUUUAUGGUUGGCGUCUCUGAUAUCCGUUAUAUGUAUUGCAUUUAGCAUCGUGGGAAUAUAUCGUAUAAAGAAGCUUAUCUAUGUUAAUUAUAAGGAGUGCAACGACGAGCUUUCCUCAUUAUCUUUCAGUUUUCUUUACGUUUUAGGUGGCAUGACCGGCCAAGGAUUUGAGAAAAUACCUAGAAGUUGGUCCCUCCGAUUAAUAAUUCUAUCCUUCUUGGCGAUGGGAAUGUUAUUAUCAUGCGGAUUCUGCACUGCUCUUACCUCUUGCCUGGCGAGUAAAGGAAACUCCGUUCCUCUGACUAAUCUCAAAGACGUGGUGAUGAAAAGGACACACACGCUUUGCGUCAGAAAGGACAGCAGUGCGUACCGUUACUUUACAGUGGAUAGAUCAGCGAAAGGUGAUCUGCUAGAUCAUUGGAAAGGAUUGGUGAACAAUGACUGUCCCGACAUGGAAGACAGCGCGAUUUUUGCUUCAAAAUUAUGCCGUCCUGGUUUCGUCUAUUUGGAAACACCUGCCAUAUUUCAACCAAUUUAUCAUAAAGUUGAGCACAAUUGCCACAUGAUACAACUGCCCGAGACUUACUGGAGUGUUAGAUUGGCGUUUCUACACGCCAGAGUAGCGCAACAUCGACGACUCUUUGACACUUACUUAAUGCGUAUGCGUUCGGCUGGAAUAUUAAGAUAUCUUGAAAAAAAGUGGAUCCCAGAAGAAACUUAUAGCCAAUCCAAUUAUCCUCAAUCAAGCAAUUUUCAACCGGUGGAAUACGCGCAUAUUCAUUUAACUAUCAAUUUUUUCUCCAUAAUUAUCGUUAUCAGCGUAUUUAUUUGCAUUUUGGAAAACGUGUGGUAUAGGCUGCGAUGGAAGCAGAAAAAUUUUAAUUCAAUAUUGGAAAUAAAUGAUAACAACCUAAAUGUAAUAAAGGUAUGUCAUAAAGCGAGAUCAAGAUAUAAAAGAUCUCGAAAGCUCAACUCGAUAUUAUUAUCUGAAAAUGUGAAAAGUCCUGCAUUUCUUCAGAACGUCACAGUACGAACUAAUCGAUGGUAAAAAAUAUGGUAUUUGUAAUUA